CGCGCACUGCUUGCGCUUACGGCUCAAAGGUCACAAACAAACCAGACAGACGAAGACGAAGAAGAAGAAGGGCGGAAACAAAACAACACCAGCCAAACAACCCACACAAACAAGCCACACAAAGAGACACCCUCCUCCUUGCCUUGUUUGUGCUCGAUUCAAGCGUCCUUGAGAGAGUCUGUGUUUCCUCCUGUUGAGCGAAACCCCGCAACACCGCAACCCUACCCAUUCUCUACAGUUAUCGGCACCAUGUCCGGCCCUGAACCAGGCACAAAGGUGGUUGCACUCUUUGACUUCAAAGGUGCAUCAAAAGAGGACUUGCCGUUUCGACGAGGCGAGGCCUUGAUUGUGCAGCAAUUGUCAGAGGACCCCAACUGGUGGUUUGUCAAGAACUCAAAAGGCAAAAAGGGCAUGAUCCCGGCCAACUACGUGAAUGUACUGGAUGACCGCCCAAAGAAAGACACAACCCUUCCGCGCGACGACAAAGGCCAGCUCAUCGGCGGCCCGAUGCCGUGGUUCCAUGGGAAGAUCUCACGCGACCGGGCAAACCAGAUGCUGCUCAAGGCCAAGGCGCCCGAUGGCGUGUUCCUCAUCAGGGAGUCCACAAACUACCCCGGCGACUACACCCUCUGCGUCAGGAGUGGGGUGGACCAGGUGGAUCACUAUCACAUCAAGAGCAUCAACGGUCGCAUCACCGUUGACGAGGAGUCCACGUUCAGGUCCCUCGACGAUCUCAUCCAACACUACUACAAAGAGGCGGAUGGCCUCGCCCACAAGCUCGUCACGCCGCUCGUGCGGGAGGACGGCAAGGAGCUCAUUGACAAGAAGGCGUUUGAGGCGUACGAGAUCAAUCCACGCGAACUGUACAAGGGAAAGCUCCUUGGAAGCGGGCAAUUCGGCGAGGUGUAUGAGGGCACGUUUCGCGGGGUGAAGGUUGCGAUCAAGACGCUGAAGAACAUCAACGAGGACGGCCUGCGGGAAUUUCUUGCAGAGGCAAAUGUGAUGAUUCAGCUCAAGGACAAGAACCUUGUCUCGCUUAUCGGCGUCGUCACAAAGGCUGGCGAGAAGAAGCUUGUCACAGAAUUCCUCGAAAAGGGCAACUUGUUGGACUUCCUGCGCUCGCGUGGCCGCAGCGUCGUCACGCCCAAGAUGCAGCACCACUUUACCCGCGACAUCUGCAACGGCAUGGCUUACCUCGAGAAGCGGAAGGUCGUGCACAGGGAUUUGGCGGCGCGCAACGUGCUCAUCUCUGCUGACGACGUGGCCAAGGUUGCUGAUUUCGGUCUUGCGCGCGUGUCGACGGCCGGCGUUGCGGACCCGGGCAAGCUGCCCAUCAAGUGGACGGCGCCCGAGGUGCUGCGACAGAAGGUGUCCACGAGCAAGAGCGACGUGUGGAGCUUUGGCGUCACCGUGUGGGAAAUUUACUCGUUUGGCCGCACGCCGUACCCGCGCAUGAGCCAGAAGGAGGUGGUGGAGAAGGUUGCAAAGGGAUAUCGCAUGGAGAAGCCCGAGGACUGCCCAGAGGUCAUCUAUGAGAUUAUGCAAAAGUGCUGGCACAUUGAGCCCUUGCAGCGGCCGACGUUCAACAGCCUGAAGAAGACGCUCGCAAAGCGACCGAAAUAAAGCCCCUGUUUGGCAAUGCCUCCACGUCAUUGCCGUGGAUUGUGUUUUGCUUUGUGCAGCUAUUGGCUUUUGGCUUUGCGUUUGUCGAUGUUCAUGUUGAUGACCCCUUCCCCCUCGCCUUCCUGCCGCUCCCUUGCUGGUCCCUGUUCUCCUCUUCAUCAUGUGUUUGCUGACUGUCUCUCUCGCAUGCCUGCCGGUGCACCCCAUCCAUGCUUGUGCUCGGCCGCAACCUUCACCGCUGCGUUUUGCUGCAAUGAUGCUGCUUCUCCUUGUUCUACACACUUCCUAUCUGCUUUGCUUUUCUGUUCUGUGCUCGGCUGUCUUCACCCCUCUCUUGAUCGCUUUGGCCGUGGCUGUGGCCUUUCUGCUUGUUUGCCUCAGGUUGUCUGCGCGUGUCUGUGUGUGUCUUGUGUCUGUGUGUGUGUGUGUCUCUCUCUCUCUUGUGGCCUUUGCAUUGGUGUGCUGUGUGAUGUUCAACCCUGCUCCUCCUCCGCCUGCGUGCAUCGUUCCGCUGUUGGGUGGAGUUUGUUUGAGAAGGUGCUAGCAUCACACCACCGUCUGAUUCUUGUUUGUAUGCACAUACACCAGUCCUCGACAGCCAGCACUGUUAUCCACAGAGAGUAUGUGUGUGUGUGUGUGUGCCUCUGUGUCUGUGGCUGUGUCUGUGUGUGAAUACAGCCAGACGACGUACA